AUGCAACAUAUGGAAUUUUUGAAGCUGUCAAUUUUGAUUGCACAAUUGAUUUGUGGAGUUUGUGGAAAGGUUGUAAUUAUUCCUGAUACAAAACUUGAAGACUGCACAAACUCCACUGAAGCAGCGAACAUUUUUGAUUUUUCUCAAAUCGACUUAAUACCAGAAACUGAUGAGCAUGUUUAUAUAAAUGGAACAUGGAAAUUUUUAAAAGAACUUAAAAAACCAUGGAAAGCUCAUUUGCAGCUAGAAAGGUAUAAUCGAGGAGAGUGGCUUGUUCAAGCUUUAGACAAAGAUUAUGAUGAUUUCUGUGAACCGCUUCAUAGAAUUACUGAGCCAUGGUAUUACGCAUUUGAAGGCAAAGAAUCAUGUCCAGUACCUGCUGGAACUGAAUGGUUUUUCGACCAUGUUUUAAUUAAAUUCCCUGAGGCACUUUUAGAUGCAGUUCCAUCUCACUAUAUGGGACGCUGGCGUUUCGUAAUGAUUGCAAUUUUUGAUGAAGACGAUGGAAGCUCAAAAAAAGAUUGUAAAAGAGUUUAUGCAGAUGUCUAUGAAGUUUAA